AUGUCAGUCAAGCGGCUUGACUUCAACACCCCCCUCCCCUCUGUCCGCCGGUUCGGCUCUGCCCUUCCGCUCACGCCGGUAUUCUACUCCCCCAGUACUGUAAAAGAGGAAUGCGGAAGGGGGAGGGCGAUGGGAGAGAGUCCUCAGAGAUCGCCGCUGCCUUUCUACAAGUCGGAUGUGAACUCAGGCCCCAUUCAGAAACCUGGCGUUGUUCCUUUCUCGUGGGAGCAGCGCCCGGGGCAGCCGAAGGAUGGAUUUGUUGCAGACGCAACGCCUGCAACGCCGGCGGAGCAUCCGGUGGUUUCCUCCAGCCCGCCACCGCCUGGUGGGGCGUCGAGACGAUCUCUGCAUGAGAAGGAAGAAGCCGAUGUUGAUGGCCUCGAUUCAACGAUUGAUUGUGCCUUUGCCCUCGGAUCAUUCCCCGUCUCCCCAAAUUGCCCUGUGUCUGCUACGGCUUUUUCCAUGCCCUCUUCUCCUCUGUAUAGAACCUCAUCGAAAUCCAUGGAGAGCUCCAUGGAAACCCCGGAGGAAAGGACGAGGACGACGCCGGUCUCGGCGAAAGCACGGACGCUGGAGGAACAACUCAGCAGCCGAAAGGAGAAAGAUAGAGAGGAAGUCGUCUUCUCCGAUGCACCGGCGAUGCUGUCGAGUACUGAGUCAUGCUUCAUGAAAGGCAGCAUGGGCGGGCUGAGCGAGGAGAUCAAAUCGCGCGCACCUUCCGGGAGAUUUUCAACUGAUUCACAACUCCCCGACUUCAUGGCGGGCCAGUUUCUUCCUGCGGCAAAGGCGACGGCGACAGUCUCGCCGCAGUUCUCAUCGAUGAAGUUGUCCCGCGAGCCUCCGAGACCAGUGGUUGAAAAUGAGCGUGAAAGACGGCGGCCGGUCGUUCCUCUGCCUUACCAGCACCGGCCUGAUCGUGCCUCCACCUACUCCCCGAUUCACCCUCAAACAGGGACCAGAAACAGAGAAAGUGAUGACGAUGAUCACGAGGAUGACGAUAGAUGUGAUGAGGUUGGCCAACUGUGGAUGAAGGGCUGUGGAAUCUUUCCCAGACUAUGUCUGAAGAGUUCCUUCUGCCACCUGAACCCUCUCCAAGGAACGAAGGCCAGGGGCCAGGUGAUCUUGCCAGCCGCUCAUGAGAUUGAUACUCGGCUAAGACCUGCUACCAGUGAAUACGAGGUAAGACUGAGAACCGGGCAGAUCAACCUAUUGGGUACUCGGUCUUGUUUCUUGAUUUGCUGAAUGUUUCGGGUUUCACCAUUGCAGAAUUCGUGGGAAGAAGUUUGCAGGUACAACAUGGGGCCAGCGCAUCAGCCAUUAAGGCAGAAGGGAAGUAAGGUAUCCAGCGAGUCCAACCAUCUCUGCUAUUGGAGCGAUUCCCAGACACCCGACGGGUCCUCUCUCUGCUGUCGCUCUAACCGUGCUUCGUCUCACCUGCCUCCAUCCCCGAUCUACGGAGGGAAGUACUGUAGAUCGUCUGCAUCCUAUUGCGCAGAUGAUGAGCGCGAGUGGGAGAUCACCCGUCUGAACCACAAGCAAUCAUCUGCAUCAGCAAUCACCCAGCUGGAAAGUUCAGACUACGAAGCUUGUCCCUCGGUACAGAAGGUCAUCCUGAAUAAUAGCUCAGACGAUUUUCUGCAACAAAUGAACAUCUACGCAGAGGAUUCUAGGCAGAAUCAUGUGCAUUUCCCAGAGCCGGUGAAAGGUGGAGACCAAGGGAAGAAUGACGGCGAUCUUCUGCAACCGCUUCGUUUACCCUCCGAGUCCUGGCUUUUUCGCACCUUGACUCGUGUGCCAUCAAAGAAACAACCAACUCUGCGGUCACUCUUUUGUUCACCGUUGCUGCCCGAGGAGGAGGUUCAUGGGGCAUCGCCUGCUGAUCCCAGGUUGGAAACCACGGUCAAACUCCCCGAGCUUCCCAAAUGCCAGAUGCGUUUUGCCGAUGUAAUCCCAUUGCUCCUUAGCCCCAUCUAUUUAAAUUUUCUGCCAGAAAAUCGAAGGCAUUGCCGUGAAACCAUUUCUGCAUCGCAGGUCUUGGCGAGGCCUGCAAGUGAGGAUUGAAAGGCCUUGUCUCUACUGCUGCUGCCGCCCCUUAUCUUGACUCACUGACUGCCCACUUGCAGCCCCACUCGGACCAUUUUUGCUCUCAGGUAAGCUUCCCUUCGUCAAAUUUUUAGCUCAUUUCUCUCUCUCUCUCUCUCUCUCUCCAGAAAAAUGAAAGAUUCAACAAUGUUCAUGUUCAGGAUUGGGAAGAAGACGGGGAAUCGAGACGGACCUCCAGAGAGUAAGAUGAGAUCUGGGGAAAGCCUCCAUUAAGCGAGGAUGGAAAACCCAAGACUGAGUUGAAGACCGAGUUCAAAACCGGAGCUGAAGAAGAAGACCGUGGAGGACUUCGCCGCCGUCACCAUCCACCGUCUCUGACGGCGGCCAACCCCCGACGGCCUCCGGGUCUCCAACUUCAUCUCUUACUUCGGUACACCCCUCUUCUUCGCAGUCGUAACUUUUCGCCCGGAGCUCCCCUCCCUGUCGUCUGUACCAUCUGAGCAAUCCUUCCGGGAUCACCCUGUUUUGGAGGAUCGUCAGAGCUUCCUGCUCGCAGACGCCUAUCGAGACCAUCCUUAAAUCAUCAAAUUAUCUCUUUCUCAUAUACAGGGGAGACGGCGAAGAGGACGCUUAACGAUUCUCAUGAAGGUGGUGGAGCCGGAGAGUUGACCAAAAGGAGCUGA